ACACAAGCCACCAGACCCGCUCCGUCUCCAGCCGCCCCUAUUACAGUUUGCCCAACAGCAGCCAUGAGCGACGCUCGGUCCUCGCUAUCACGGAGCCGCCGCGUUUCCACUCCCAAGCCAAAGGCAAGAACGUGCGUCUGGACGCUCACUCCCGCAAGGCCACACGGAGGAACAGUUUCUGCAACGGGGUCACCUUCACCAACCGGCCCAUCCACCUCUACGAGAAAGUCAGGCUGAAGCUGGUGGCCGUGCACCAUGGUUGGAGCGGGGCCCUGCGCUUUGGCUUCACCAUUCACGACCCAUCGCAGAUGAGCUCUGACGAGAUACCAAAGUACGCCUGUCCGGACCUAGUGACCCGACCUGGAUACUGGGCCAAAGCUUUGCCAGAGAGGUUUGCUGUGAGAGACAAUAUCUUGGCCUUCUGGGUUGACCGUCAUGGGAGAGUCUUCUACAGUAUUAAUGAUGAGGAGCCAAUAUUGUUUCACUGUGGUAUUAAAGUUUCCGGUCCUCUCUGGGCACUGAUAGACGUCUAUGGAAUUACGCAUGAAGUGCAAAUAUUAGAUAGCAUGUUUGCAGAGACCAUGACCACUGCCCGUCUCAGCACUGCCCGUCUCAGCACUUGCCUUCCACAGAGCAGCCAUGAUUCAGCCAAUUUCAAUAACAACGAACUGGAGAAUAACCAAGUGGUGGCCAAAAUUGCAAACCUAAACCUAAGUCGGGUUCCAGGACUUGCGACAGACAACCACAUCAUCCCCUGUUGCCCAAACCGACGGCAGCGUGCUCAGGGGGUCCCAGCCUUCCUGGACACAGACCUGCGAUUCCAUCCCACCCGUGGACCUGAUAUCACCUUUUCUCAGGACCGGAUGGUUGCAUGCACCAACUGGCAAGAAAGCAAUAGGACUUUGGUGUUUUCUGACCGGCCUUUGCACAUCGGUGAAAGCCUCUUUGUGGAAGUAGGACAUCUUGGGUUGCCAUACUAUGGAGCCCUUUCAUUUGGCAUCACUUCCUGUGAUCCGAGUACUUUACGGACAAAUGAGCUCCCAGCAGAUCCAGACUUUCUCUUGGACCGGAAGGAGUACUGGGUGGUUUACCGAGCAUUCCCGGUCCUCAACAGCGGCGACAUUCUCAGUUUCAUGGUCUUGCCGAACGGAGAGGUGCACCACGGGGUGAAUGGAGCCAGCCGAGGAAUGCUAAUGUGUGUGGACACCUCACAGUCUCUCUGGGUGUUUUUUACAAUCCACGGUGUAAUCAACCAGCUCAAAAUACUGGGCACUGUGCAGUCCAGCCCAGUGACCGUCUCUCCCUCAGGAUCCCCGGGCGGCUCGCAGUAUGACAGCGACUCAGACAUGGCCUUCAGCGUCAACAGGUCAUCAUCUGCUUCAGAGUCAUCGCUCGUGACUGCUCCCAGCUCCCCUCUGAGCCCCCCCAUCUCUCCUGUCUUCCCCCCUCCAGAGCCAUCAAGCAGCAAGAAUGGGGAAUGCACCGUCUGCUUUGACAGCGAGGUGGACACGGUGAUCUACACCUGCGGACACAUGUGCCUCUGCAACACCUGCGGUCUUAAGCUGAAGAAGCAGCUCAAUGCCUGCUGCCCAAUCUGCCGACGGGUCAUCAAAGAUGUUAUUAAAAUAUACCGCCCUUAG